CGCCGAUUCCUUCUCGAUUGGAAACCGACCACGGCAAAAUAUCAAGCAACGAGCACUAGCCAGCCAUUUACUCAGAGCUCGAGCUUAUUAGCUGCGAGGGGAGGCGCGUGACACACCUCGCCGGCCGGCGGCAUACACAACACACCCGCAUCGGCGCAGCAUGGGGAACUGCCUCAAGCUGCAGCGCGCGGCGGUGUGGGCGGACGGCGACGAGUGGGAGGAGGAGGAGUUGGCGGCGGGGAGCAGUAAGGCGAAGGCCGCCGCCGCCGGCGAGGCGAAGGUGAACCGGGUGGAGGUGAAGAUCAGGGUGACGAAGCGGCAGCUGCAGGAGCUGCUGGAGAAGGCCGGCGGCCGUGGGGGCUGCAAGGCCAACGCGCGGGAGGCGGAGAAGGUGCUGGCGGAGCUGAUGACCUCCGGCAGGGUGUGCUACCAGCGGAAGCACGAGGAGAUGCGGGGGCACUGGAGGCCCGCCCUGUACAGCAUACCGGAGUCUGCCGCCGAGGAGUCAUGACACGGCUCUCGAGUUUUUUGAGCCUCUUGAGCUCUUGGCCGGCGAGAGAGGGUGCUCGAUCAGAAUUUUCUGUCAGAUUAGUUCUGUAUGCGCACGGUAGUUGGCUAGUUGCUAUAGGAAGGUGCAGGUUUUAGCGAUUCUUUCUGAGAUAGUUUUCUGUACAGGCUUACGAACCGAUAAUGCUGAUAGGAAGCAGUUACUGGUGCCAGUUUUUAACACCCAGCAGACCACUGUAUGAUUACUGGCUC